GAAGAGUGGGGUCACAAGAGGAAGAAUAGGGCCACAAGAAGAGGAAGAAGAAGACCGUCAUGUCAACACGCCCUCCGCACCAGCAGCCGCGUGACAACCCGUGACCUGACCAGACCUGAGGACCCGAGGACACCACCGCUGCCAGGAUGAAGAAGAAGGUGCUCCUAAUGGGGAAAAGUGGGUCGGGAAAGACCAGCAUGAGGUCCAUCAUCUUUGCUAAUUACAUCGCAAGAGACACCAGUCGUCUUGGAGCAACCAUCGAUGUUGAACACUCUCAUGUGCGGUUUCUUGGGAACUUGGUGCUCAAUCUGUGGGACUGUGGAGGGCAAGAAGCAUUCAUGGAAAACUAUUUUGCUUCUCAAAGAGACAACAUUUUUAGAAAUGUUGAAGUGCUCAUAUAUGUCUUCGACGUUGAGAGCAGAGAGCUGGAAAAGGAUAUGCAUUAUUAUCAGAGUUGCUUGGAAGCUAUUCUGCAGAAUUCCCCCGAGGCACGGAUCUUCUGUCUGAUUCACAAAAUGGAUUUAGUGCAGGAUGAUCAAAGAGAUAUUAUUUUCCAUGAAAGAGAAGAAGAUCUGAAGAGGUUAUCAAAACCCUUGGAGUGUGUGUGCUUCAGAACUUCAAUUUGGGAUGAAACUCUCUAUAAGGCUUGGUCCAGCAUAGUGUAUGAGUUAAUACCAAAUGUGAAGGAGCUUGAACAAAACUUAAGAGACUUUGCCAACAUCAUAGAGGCUGACGAAGUGUUGUUAUUUGAACGUGCAACCUUCCUGGUCAUCUCCCACUACUGCAUCCGGCAACACAGAGAUGUGAACCGGUUUGAGAAAGUUUCUAACAUCAUCAAGCAGUUCAAGCUCUCUUGCAGUAAACUGGCAGCACACUUCCAGAGCAUGGAGGUUCGGAACUCAAAUUUUGCAACUUUCAUUGACACCUUCACCUCCAAUACCUACUGCAUGGUCAUCAUGUCUGAUGCAUCAAUACCCUCAGCAGCAACGCUCAUCAACAUACGCACAGCCAGGAAGCACUUUGAAAAGCUGGAACGGAUGAGUCAAGGCCAUCUAGCCCUUUCAAAAUAGUGCCAUUUUUAUACAUGUUUUUGUGUACAUGUUUCCUAUAUUGCUUUUAUUAAAUGAAUAAGAUUUUAAGGCUACCUUAGUAAUGGGGAUAUCUUGAGUGUUUAAUUUAUUUGAUAGUUGCCAGUGCAAUGAGUAAAGUGCAUGUUGAGCUCCGAGUGAAGGUGAAGGUGCAUCUCAAGGCAAGGCAAGGCAAGACUGUCAAGUGGGGAAAUUAGACAUUAACACUUGUCCCUUUUGUUUGUGGUUUGCCCAGUUUUAUUAGCUACAUUAGGUAUUGCCGUAUCUGCAAGAAUAUAAAUGACCUCUUAUACCCAAAUUUUUGGCUGAUAGAAAACUGCCACAGAAUUUGUGCAGGCCUAAGUUCAAGAGAAAAUAAGCAUUAAAGAAAAUAUAUUCAUAUUUCAUAUGUAUUUGCAUCAGUAUCCAUACUUUAAAACAUUAGUAGUGAGUGUGAAGAAUAAAAUGAACACCACUAAUUAAAAUAAGAUUAUUUGGUUACUUUUGGAAGCUGAUUUCUGAAGGUGGAUUCAUGAAUAUUGGUGGGAGUGUUAAAAGAAGUGAGGAAUUAUAAAGUUGAAAAAGUACAGACACUUGUAAAUAAUUCUAUGAGGGAAUUAUGAUCUUGAUGUAGUGUAAAUUGAAUUAGGUUCUACUGUGAUGCCAGGACCAGAAUCAAGGACCUGCUGGUAGGCACAGUCUAGCAUGGGCAUGUACUAAGCAUGUACCUUGUUCAGACCAUAUACCUGCUGAUAAUGCACAACUUUAAUUCAUGUUUUUUCCUGGUUUCAAAUAUAUGCCAACCCCCCUUCAGAUUUCUUUAGUCAUUAUAUUUUAUUGUAUUCAUUUUCUCAUUCAUUUUAUACAAAAAAAAAUAUUGGCUAAAAGACCUGAGGGCAAGUGUAUAUAAAUAGCACAUAUGACAGAGUCCUACAGGGAAAGGAAUCAUGCUUACUCUUUAUGGCCUGUCAUUACAUUUUUCUAUCAUGGUUAUUGCAGGACACAUACACAGCCUCAAGUAUGUCCCUCUUGGUUGUACACGUCACUAGAACUUAUUACUGUCGUAGACUAUAGUUUGUAGCUGUAAUGGGGGGGACAUUUCUACUUUAAACACGAGAAUAAAUAUUUUUCCCAGAUAUCCACCCGGGAAUCAAACUCAGACCCUCAAGAUGCACAGUAGCCUUCAUAGUGUUGAGCCAAAGGGUACCUAAAAGCUUAAGGUCUUUGGAGUAUUUAUCUAUAUUUUAGGCCAUUGCAUAGUGACACCAGACUGGCUGUCAAAAUCAGUAUUCAGAAGCAAAUAUCAUUUUAGUGCACUUGUUUGCAGACACGUUUAUUUACAUUCUUAGGAAACAUAUUCCUUGUAUCAAUAGAAUCCACUGGAAGAUGCAGGAGAGUGGUGUACUCUUGUUGGUUUGAUGGCAGCGAUCCGUAUGCUGCACAGCCCUGUACAUGGGGUGUGUUUGUCAAUUCAUAUGCACCACUCCAAAUAGUACUCAUCAGGAAUAAAACUAUGUACCCUGGAAAUUUGAGCUGUAGUAUAAAAAUAAACUAAUGUCAGUAGUGAUCUCGUGGGUUAGAGCGUCAAUCCAUGGAAGUGAAGUCCAGAUGAGCUGGUUCAAACCCCAAUGCUGCCUCAGGACAUCAGGAAGGGCAUUUGGUCUGAAACCCAACCCCAAUACCCUAUCUGAACAUAGGUGAGAAGCUGUCAAGGCAAAGAUUUAAUUAAUACCUUCAGUUUUCAAAGUAGUUUUCUCCUGAUGGAUAUGAACUGGCAAACAUACCUUACACAGCAAAAAAUAUAUAUUUUGUUAUCAGUAGAGGAAGAGAACUAACCAAUAUGUGGGGGGACAGACUAGGACAUUAUAUUAUUAAAUAGCUACUAUAUAAUUUUACAACUUAAAUAUUUUCUUCAAAAUGCUUAGAAUAUAUAUAUAUCCUUACCAGGUAGAUUUGGGUCUUGGAUGCCAGAUAUGGGAUCCAAUAUUUUAUACAUGACAAAGGACUGAAAACUUUUACCAUCACAUAAAAGGAAGUGUCGAGAUGCACCUUUGGCUUGGCACGUAUUGUUCUUGUCUAAGGUUAAGCAUUUGAUGCCUGCUUAAAUAUUUUUAAAAGUUGUGAUGUACAUACAAUUAAUUUAUGAACUUCAGCCUCAAGUAAGCAAGCAGAGCUGUCAGUCACCAUUUGAAAACGAGAGGUAUUCUUUAAUAAUUUUUCAGUCCAGUCAUAACCAUUCUUGUAUUGCUAUACAUUUUGCAUCAAAUUGCAAAAUUUUAUUCAAAUAACUUUUCCAAACAUCAGCACUUGAGGUAGACCCAGUCUUGUAGCCAGAUUGUAAAUACUGUAUAAGAAUAACAUUUACAUACAAUUUUCCUGCUAUUUAGUUAAUAUAUUAAACUUUUAUGUACAAAACUUUUGAAAUGUAUUUAGCUUCAGAGACACUAGGCGCUGGUUAUAAUUAAGAUGUAGUGUACUGAUCAAUUAUUUCAUAAAGUGCAUACCAAUAUUUUCAAUACCCGUUUGUAAAGUAUUUGUAAUAUAUUACAAUGAUGAUAGACUGCAUUUGUUGUCAAGUAAUUUUCUAAAAUCUCAUUGAUCCCUGAAGACUUGGUGGAAGGGACCCUCUUUGUGCCUUAAUCUUUUGCAGGCUUGAGAAUUAUCAUGACAAUUCAAUUAUUUUUCUUAUAUAGUAGUUUUACAAUACUUAGUUUCAGAGUUCUCAUAUUUAGAUAAAAGAUUUAAGGUACUGAAGUAAGAGAAGUGCAAUAAGACUGAAGACAAGAUGUUAGCUUUAAUGCAAUCUCCCAUAGACAGAAAUGUGAUGGUUUGAUUUGAUUGUGUUUUUAAUUGCUGUUUUACUCUUGCAUCUCUUACCCAAAACUGGUCAUUCUCUUUGUAACACCUACGAAUGUACUCUCAGGGCAUAAAAUAAUAGAUAUUUCUGAUGUUAACUUCUCCAGUUCCUGUAAAACAGCUUGUGCAGUUGACUUGACAUAACCAGACAAAUAUUUUUUGAAUUAAGCAUCAUGAUCCAAUGACUCAAUUUUCAUUCAGUGGUGAAAGUUGUAAAAAUGCUCUAUAAUGAACUUUACUUCAUAUUACUUUGUUUACCUCAGUACAUCUUUUGAAAGUUUUGUGGUCUCGUAGUUCCAGUUUUUAUUUUGUGCAUUUUAUCACUGCCAAAUGGGUGCAAUUAAAACCACCUGAACUCUCAUUUAAUCAUGUUUUGUUACUACACUAUACAUUGUAUGUCCCUUGCACUAAUGCACAGUACUAACAACAGCAAUACUGACUAGUAUCAACAGUUCAGCAUGGCAAUCAGUAUGACUAAUGAGACAGACUGCAGUUUCCAACUAUCCAAAAUAUGUAUAAAAUAACCUGAGCUACUUGUAAUACAACUGUGUAAAAAGUUUUAGGAUGAAUCAUGUACCAAAUUUACACAAUGCAGUUACCCAAUGAUGCUCA